CCGGGUCAUCUGGCGUUGGAUCGUCUGGCUCGACAGCGGGCAUCGGGUCACCAGGCAUGACAGCGGGCACUGGGUCAUCAAGCAUAGGAUCGUCUGACUCGACAGCAGGCACCGGGUCACCAGGCAUGACAGCGGGCACUGGGUCAUCAGGCAUUGGAUCGUCUGGCUCGACAGCGGGCAUCGGGUCACCAGGCAUGAUAGCGGGCACCGGGUCAUCAGGUGCCGGAUCGUCUGGAUCGACAGCGGGCACCGGGUCAUCUGGCGUUGGAUCGUCUGGCUCGACAGCGGGCAUCGGGUCACCAGGCAUGACAGCGGGCACUGGGUCAUCAGGUACCGGAUCAUCUGGAUCGACAGCGGGCAUCGGGUCACCAGGUAUGACAGCGGGCACCGGGUCAUCAGGUACCGGAUCAUCUGGCUCGACAGCGGGCAUCAGGUCACCAGGUAUGACAGCGGGCACUGGGUCAUCAGGUGUGAUAGGAUCAUCAGGCUGGAUCAGUUCAUCAGGCUGGGUACAGACAUCAGGCUGGGUAGAGACAUCAGGCUGAAGUGCGGGUGCCGAGGCACCAGGC